AUGCUGUCGUUCACUCUACUAGUAUUAGCAAUUGCACCAGCGGUAAUACGGGCUUUGGAUAAUGGCCUAGGUCAAACGCCUCCGAUGGGAUGGAACUCAUGGAACCAUUACACCUGCGACAUUAAUGAAACUGUGAUCUUAAGCAAUGCCAAAGCCAUGGAGGAAGCUGGCUUACUAGAGUUGGGGUAUAAUUAUAUCGUCAUGGAUGAUUGCUGGUCAAAACGAGAACGCGAUCCGGAGACAGGAGAAAUUGUUCCUGAUCCAGAGAAAUUUCCGCAUGGGAUCGAGAGUAUGAUAGAAGAAAUCCAUAAUAUGGGGUUCAAGUUUGGUAUGUACUCAAGCGCAGGUAAAUAUACAUGUGCUGGAUAUCCUGGCUCGUUGGACCAUGAAGAAAUAGAUGCCAAGAAGUUUGCGGAUUGGAAAAUUGACUAUUUAAAAUACGAUAAUUGCUUUAACCAAGGACGCAGUGGCACUCCUCUUAUAAGCUAUAAGCGGUAUGAAGCAAUGUCGGAAGCUCUAAACAAAACUGGUCGUCCCAUUUUCUAUGCUUUAUGCCAAUGGGGAGAAGAUCAAGUAUGGAAUUGGGCCAGCACUGUCGCAAAUUCUUGGAGAAUCACAGGGGACAUUUACGACAGCUUCAAUCGAUACGAUAUUCGUUGCCCAUGUGAGACCUAUGACUGUCCAAGUUUACAAGGGUACCAUUGCUCAAUCAUGAACAUUGUGAACAAAGCAGCUCCUCUAGUACAGAAAACUGGUCCCAACAGCGGAUGGAGUGAUAUGGAUAUGUUAGAAAUUGGAAACGGGGGCAUGACUUAUGAUGAGUAUAUUACUCACUUUACCAUGUGGGCUGUCCUGAAAUCUCCUAUAUUCCUUGGUAAUGAUGUUAGCAACAUGACGCCGGAUCAUUUAGAACUUGUCAGCAAUCCUGAUGUGAUUGCUGUCCAUCAGGAUGUAUCUGCUCCUGCCAACAGAAUGUGGAAGAAACCGUUUGGUGACGGCUAUGUACAUCUUUUUUCUGGAUCGCUUUCUAAUGGUGACUGGGUUGUUGCCGUUAUUAACGAAGCUAAUGUGCCGUUGGUAGAAAUGAGUAUCCUAUUUUCGGACAUUUUUAUUGACAAUCGUGAUAACACCAAGUUUGUAUGGAACAUCAAAGACUUAUGGACGAAAGAAACAACGACAGCAGCUCGACAUUUGACAGCUGAUGUUGCACCUCAUGGCACUCAAGUUUGGCGUCUCCAGAAAGCUACACAUAACUCAUACAACUACUAUUGGGUAGGACAUAACCCGAAUUGA